AAAUCAAAAUUCAGUAGUCACUAGUAAAUAAAGCAAUUACUAAAGAAUAGAAUCGGUGCCCACGUAUCGGCGACGUCGCCGCCACUAUAUUCCGGCCAGCCCCCACUUUUACUUUCUUCGAUUCUAUAUAUAUAUAUCUAGUUACAGACCCGCUACUUUUUAUAUCUCAUCUCAAAUACACAAACACACUCACACAGAGAGAGAAUGGAGAUGAAACCAGAAGUUAACGGGGACGUUAAAGAUGACGAUGAUGAUGAUAAAAUAGGCGGGCCCACAAACCCAAUGGUAACGCCGUUACUGACGGAUUUAUAUCAGUUUACAAUGGCUUAUGCUUACUGGAAAGCUGGAAAACAUAACGAACGUGCCGUGUUUGACUUGUAUUUUCGCCGGAACCCUUUUGGUGGUGAGUACACCGUUUUUGCAGGUCUGGAAGAGUGCAUAAGAUUUAUCGCAAAUUUUAAAAUAUCAAAGGAAGAAAUUGCUUUCAUUCGAGAAACUUUAUCUCCUGCAUGUGAGGAUGGCUUCUUUGAGUGGCUUGAACAAAUUGAUUGUUCCGAUGUUGAAGUAUAUGCUAUUGCUGAGGGGUCUGUCGUCUUUCCCAAAGUACCCUUGAUGAGGGUUGAAGGCCCUGUGGCUGUUGUUCAGCUUUUGGAAACUCCUUAUGUGAAUCUUAUAAACUAUGCAUCUCUAGUCACUACAAAUGCUGCACGUCAUCGGUUUGUUGCUGGAAAAAAUAAGCUUCUUCUUGAGUUUGGGUUACGGCGAGCCCAGGGUCCAGAUGGCGGUAUUAGUGCUUCAAGAUAUUGCUACAUGGGAGGGUUUGAUGCUACAAGCAAUUGUGCAGCUGGAAAAAUAUUUGGAAUACCUCUUCGUGGAACACAUUCACAUGCUUUUGUUAGCUCAUUCAUGGGACCUGAUGAGAUUAUAGACAAGUCUCUCAAAAGUCAUGAUGGCUCUCGAGUAUGCGAGGAUUUUCUUAGCGUUGUGCAGGCUUGGUUAAACAAACUAAAGAGGCCGAGUAUAUUGAAGGGUGUUUUUGGUGAGACUAAUCAGAGUGAGCUAGCUGCUUUCAUUUCAUAUGCCCUCGCAUUUCCUGACAACUUUUUAGCUCUUGUAGACACAUAUGAUGUGAUGAAGAGUGGAGUUCCUAACUUCUGUGCUGUUGCUCUAGCACUGAAUGAUUUGGGUUACAAAGCAAAGGGUAUCAGAUUAGACUCCGGUGAUCUUGCUUACUUGUCAUGUGAAACAAGAAAGUUCUUUCAGACGAUUGAAAAGGAAUUUGGAGUUCUGGGUUUUGGGAAGACUGGUAUCACUGCUAGCAAUGACCUCAAUGAGGAAACUUUAGAUGCUUUAAAUAAACAAGGUCAUGAAGUAGAUGCCUUUGGAAUUGGGACCUAUUUGGUGACUUGUUAUGCUCAAGCUGCUCUAGGUUGUGUUUUCAAGCUUGUUGAGAUAAAUAACCAGCCCCGCAUCAAACUGUCAGAAGAUGUCUCAAAGGUCACUAUUCCAUGUAAAAAGCGAUCUUUUAGAUUAUACGGCAAGGAAGGUUACCCCCUUCUAGACAUAAUGUCCGGGGAAAAUGAACCACCUCCAAAGGUAGGUGAACGGAUUUUAUGCCGCCACCCAUUUAAUGAAUCCAAGAGGGCUUUUGUGGUGCCACAACGUGUUGAAGAGCUUCUUAAGUGUUACUGGUCUGGAAGUUCAGAUAAAAAAAGAGAAGAAUUGCCUACACUCAAGGAAAAUCGAGAACGUUGUGCUCAGCAUUUGGAGCAUAUGCGACCCGAUCACAUGAGAAAACUUAAUCCAACCCCUUACAAGGUUAGCGUAACUGCAAAGUUGUAUGAUUUCAUUCAUUUCCUAUGGCUCAAUGAGGCACCUGUUGGGGAGUUACAGUAGGGGUCUGCAAGUGCGUAUCUUAGGUUAUAUAAUACAGACGAUCUUCGUAACCAAAACAGCUUUGGUAAUAAAGUUAUACUUUCAUGUAAGAUCAUUGGUAUGUGAUAUAGUUGUAUUUAAUAUAUAGCUUGAUUUUGCAAAAAAAAUACUAUACUUUAAUUUGCGUUUAAACGUGAUUCUAUCAUACAUCAGGCGAUUAAAUAUAUGUUCUUUACUGAGCCUGAUAUAUGUAUCA